AUGAAAUGGAAGGUUUGCCAUUUAUGUUUCGGUCUCUGGCACAACACUAGCUUCUAAAGCCUGUUGCAGAUUAAGCCAGUGCACAGACAGCACACACACACACAUAACAUACACAGGGAGACAGAUUAGUCCCCUUGUCAGAUCAACUCCACACAACCUGCCCCUUGUCCUAACAUGGCAGAUCACGGCCGACCAGCACCAGUAGCGGAGAAAAGGAGACUUCAUUCUUUUCAAGGUGAACUGGAGCCUGAACCAGGACACAGAGGUACACCGAUAAUCCUCUCGCACCAGGCAUACCCAGAACCCAGAGAGGCAACAGCAAGGGCUAGAACUAAAGAGUUUGAGAAAUAUCUUACAGUUCCACGAUGUUCCCCAAGGGCAAAUUUCAGCUUGGCCAGUGAUGCUUCAGAAAGUGCGACCUCAGCCUCACACAGUAAGGAGGAGUUGGAAAGCUCACUGGUCAUUAACAACUACUUUGAAGAGAAUGAAGAGGGAGACACUAAGAAAGGCUUGUAUUUCAGUGAUGGCAAAAGGAAGAUAGACUAUGUUUUAGUUUAUCAGAACAGAAAGGUUGCUUCUCAGUCCACCACUCAGAGUUCUGGAGCCAUUGUCCCAAAUGGCACUGCAACAAAGCCUCACAGAAGUAAAGCUCACAAACAGCUACCAGAGCGUCAGCAAGAAGUUGUGCUGGAUGUUGGAAAUCCUCAUGAAUCUGUGGAAGAGGAAAGGAGAGCUCGCAGAGAGGAGUUUGAGAAGAAUCUCAUGGAGAAUGGACUUGAGAUUGAGAAAGACAAGGAGAUGAAAACCCAAGGCAUUGGUUACGUGAGGAUACACGCUCCUUGGCAUGUUCUCAGUCGGGAGGCGGAAUUCCUGAAAAUAAAAGUUCAGACCAAAAAGGUGUUUGAAAUCCAACAGGAGGAUGGAAUCACAGCGAAAAUGAACUCAAUCUGGCAAAAAUUCACAAAGCCUUUGCAACCCAAAGUUGAACAGUCGGCUCAGAAAAGCAAGCACCUGUCACAUCCCUUCACCAGAGACAAGAUGCAUUUGUACAAUGUAACAAAUAAGGAAACAUUUUUCGACAAUGCAACCCGGAGUCGAAUAGUUUAUGAAAUUUUAAAGCGGACAUCUUGUGCAACAGCCAGAUAUAAUAUGGGUAUAACUACGUUAAUAGCAAAUGGAGUUUAUGAUUCAGCUUUCCCUCUUCAUGAUGGUGAUUAUGAAGACACUGAUCCAGAAGAGAAUGAACGCAAGAUGCUGUAUCAAGAAUGGGCACGAUAUGGAGUGUUUUAUAAAUACCAGCCAAUUGAUCUAAUAAGGAAGUAUUUCGGUGAGAAGAUUGGAUUGUACUUUGCGUGGUUGGGACUGUACACGCAACUGCUGAUGCCAGCAUCACUGGUUGGGAUCAUCGUGUUUUUUUAUGGUUGUGUUACAAUAGACAAUGAUAUUCCAAGUCUAGAGAUGUGUGAUGAGAAGAAUAACUUCACCAUGUGCCCACUCUGUGACAAGUCCUGUGAUUACUGGUACCUCAGUACUGCUUGUGCGACAGCACGUGCCAGCCAUUUGUUUGACAAUCCUGCCACUGUCUUCUUCUCCAUCUUUAUGGCUCUCUGGGCUACCUUGUUCCUUGAAUCCUGGAAACGCCGGCAGACGAGAUUAUGCUACCAAUGGGAUUUAACUGGUCUGGAAGAGGAAGAAGAGCGUAUGCAGGAGCAUCCAAGACCAGAAUAUGAAUCCAAACUUUUGCAGAAGAAGCUUUUAAGAGAGGAAAAGGAUCGAAAUCAACAAAAGAAGGAGCAGGAAGGCCAUUCACUAGGCAAAAGCAAAUGGAAAGACAAGGUCUUGUCAGCCAUGGGUGGGAUAAGUCUGGGAGAAAAUGAAAAGCUGACCUGGAGGGAUCGGGUUCCUGGCUAUCUGGGGAACUUCGUGUCAAUACUGUUCAUGAUUGGCCUAACAUUUUCUGCCGUCUUUGGAGUGAUCAUAUAUCGAAUCUCCAUAGCAGCGGCCAUGGCGAUGAGUACAAAUGAGAGCACAAAGUCAAACAUUCGGGUCACAGUAACUGCAACAGCCGUCAUCAUUAACCUUCUGGUGAUCAUCAUCCUGGAUGAGAUCUAUGGUGCUGUGGCCGAGUGGCUGACCAAAAUGGAAGUUCCUAAAACAGAAAAAAUCUUUGAGGAGAGAUUAAUUCUGAAAGCAUUCCUAUUAAAAUUUGUCAACUCUUAUGCCCCUAUUUUCUAUGUGGCCUUUUUUAAAGGACGGUUUGUUGGCCGACCUGGAAGAUACGUUUACAUCUUUCAUGACUAUCGGAUGGAGGAGUGUGCCCCUGGAGGUUGCCUGAUGGAGCUCUGCAUCCAGUUGAGCAUUAUCAUGCUCGGGAAACAGCUCAUCCAAAACAACCUCUUUGAAAUUGGAAUUCCGAGAAUGAAAAAAUUGUUCAGGAAAUUGAAGGAUGAAAGGGUUGAUCCCAAAGAAUCAAAUAAUUCUGGUUCUACUCGACAUCCACAACAGUGGGAUUUAGACUAUAAUUUGGAACCUUUUACUGGCCUGACUCCUGAAUACAUGGAAAUGAUUGUGCAGUUUGGCUUUGUGACACUGUUUGUCGCAUCCUUUCCCUUGGCUCCCUUGUUUGCUCUUCUGAACAACAUCAUUGAGAUAAGGCUGGAUGCAAAAAAAUUUGUCGCUGAACUCAGAAGACCAGAUGCAGUUCGGGCAAAAGACAUAGGAAUUUGGUAUAACAUUCUCAGUGGGAUGGGAAAAUUUUCUGUGAUCAUCAAUGCAUUUGUAAUUGCCAUUACGUCUGACUUCAUCCCACGCCUUGUUUACCAGUACAUGUAUAGUGAUGAUGGAAGUAUGCAUGGAUUUGUGAAUCAUACCUUAUCGUAUUUCAAUAUCAGUGAAUUUCUACAGGGUACACAUCCACAAUCAUCCCAUUUCAACAAUAUUAAAGUUUGCAGAUACAAGGAUUACAGGGAACCACCAUGGUCUGAUCAUGCCUAUGAUUACUCCAAGCAAUAUUGGGCUAUUCUGGCUGCACGCUUAACAUUUGUUAUAAUCUUCCAAGAUGAGAGUGUCUUUGGCGAGGCCAGCCUUCAUUGCUCAUCCCUAAACGCCCAGAGCCAGUUAAGUUCAACCACACUGCUGUGGGUCUGGAGUCACGUGUUGGCCAGAUCAGGUGGCAAUUAAGGCAGCCCCAGAACACCCAGGAUUUCUCAACAACUGUAAGGACUUCCACUCUGUCGAUGCACAACCACAAAAAAGACGUUAAUUCUAGAGAUUGGCAGGCAGCUGCCAUGAUGUGUCCAUCCUACUGCAGUCCACCUUUCCUGAUCACUUGGCAACAUGAAGCAGAUUUACAGCUGGAUGCUUGAGGACAAGGAGUACCCACUUACGACAAUGCUGGUGAACUCAACAAAUGAGGCCCAGGACAAAAAAGAAAGGAAGAAAGACUUUUAUUCAUCAAGUAAUUUUCACAAUCACUGAUGUCUCGAAGUAUUUUACUACCAAUGACGUGCUUUUAGAAGUGUAAUUGCUGUAGUUACUAUUGUAAAUUGGAAAGACGGUAAUUAAUUUGAGCUCAGCAAAUUUCGAGAAAUAAUCCCAUGAUAAUGAUUUGUGAUGAUAUGAUAAGAUUAUCUGUCUUUAGUUAAAUUGAUUGAGUGAUAACAUCUCAACUCCUUAAAAUAAUAUCACAGGUUAAUUUAUAUUCAUCUGAACAGGAAAAUGCGGCCUUUGUUUAAUGUCCCACCCAAAACCAGCAGCUUCAUUUGAGCAGUGCUGCUGGAAGUACCAGCAUUUGUUAUUCUCCAGAGCAGGACCUGAUCCUGAAGUGUUGCUGUUCAGACAUUGGCAUACCACCAACAGACCACUGCUGACAUUCCAGCGCAAUACAAUAAAAGUCAUAUUCCAUGAAAGUGUGAUUGCCUAAGUCACUGUCCAUACUGAAGAUGGAUAGACAUCAGCAUAAACUCCUCCAGCAGCUGAUACCACUCCCUGUAAACUUUUGUAACUGGAAAAUACUAUAGAAAGUGCCAAAUGCUUUAAAAAAGGAUAAUAACUGCCUGAAGGAAUCAACCAGCAAUUAACAUGCAGGUAGUUGGUGACCCUUUUAAAUAAUGGCAGCAGGGGAUCCAUUCAACUGCUUAAAGCAUGUUCUGCUGUGUAAGUUAAGGAAGGGCAUUAACUGGCAGUUUAAAAAUUGCAGCACUGGUUUCAAAUCACAAUUGCAUGCUGAUUUGCAAUGUGACCUGCCUGCACUACAUAGUUCCAGCAGACAUUCACUGCAUGCACAGUAACUUCUGCACCAAUAUAUCAUCCGAAACAAUUCAUCCUUGAAUGUGCUGAGACUCCACUUUGGGUCUGGGCCAAAUGAGUCCAGCCUGCAAGCCUAAGGUCAUGAGCAGCCCACAUGCCCAACCAAUCUGACUCCAAAUGCUUAGGCAUCUUUGCUUAUAAUUCAAAUUUGUUGCUUUGAUUGCAUGUUGCAUACUUAAAAUGUUAUGGUUGGAUGUUUGCAAUAUAAACUUUAAUAAUGGAUGACUUUCAUGCUGCAAUGGUAAA